AUGGCCAAAGUUCGCGUGUGGCAGCCGGCCGAAGCCGGCCGCCAGUCGGAGGUGGUGACCAUCUCUUUGCAGCGUCCACGCGACGGGGAGCACUGGCGCCAAUUUCAGCUGCAGCUGGGCGAGUGGUUCCCGGCUCUGAAGUGGCUCAUCAAGGAGUUCCGCCUCAAGAUUGGCUACGAGACGCCGGACGAGGAGGCGGGCAUCCGGUUCUGGCUGGAGCACUUCGCGUCACGCCGCAGCGGCGAAGAUCUCGUCCCCGCGCCGCCCGGAGACUCCUUAUGGCCGACCGCAGAUGAACCCGUGAUGCCAGCCACCAAGUUCGAGGUGCGCCAGGCGAGGCGCUGGACCCUGGAGGAGGUGGAGCGCCAAAUGACCGCCUUCUUUCAGCUCAGAAGGAGGCUGUGCCCGCAGACGCCCAUCUUGGUGCCUCUCAAAGAGCUCCGGGCUCAUUUGGUUCAGACGCCCUUGGCCCACACACCGGAGCAGAUGCGCCUGCACCGCAAAGAGGAGUCAUCGGUCGGCAAGGCACGUGGUACGUCGGUACCGGGCAGGCCUUGGAAACCGGCCGGCGGUGAGGAGAAAGUUCCCCGCAGCAGGUCCACCCACCGCAUCCGGCCCAAGGCCCUAUCGCGGGAGGUGCGCGAACGGCUCUAUCCCAAGUCUCCUGCCCUGAGCAAGCAGACGCCCUUGCCAGAUGACGUGUUCGUCUCAAAGCUGAUUGACCUGGCCAUCCGCUGCGAUGGCGAUGUGAGAAAGGCGUCCCUGCCUGGUUCUGAGGCCUCACCAGAAAGCUCGCGCUGGCGCGAAGGUGUCCACAGCAUGCAGGAGAUCUGGACCUGA